UUGACUGAUGUAUUUUGUGAAGUGAUUGCAUUUAUUUAGCAUAAUUGCAUUGUAAUAAAAGCAGUUCACAGUGUAGUUAAACGAUUAAGCAGAAUUAUGGCUAACGACGAAGCUAUUUUGAAACAAUACCUAUCCAAAUACCAGCAUCGUGAUUACACAGCUCGUGAGGUAAUUAAUUUGAUACAAGCACACAGAAGUCUCACUUAUCGUUUGGAGGCCUUUGUUUUCAACAAUGGAACAAGGAAGGAUCUGCUCAACUUAGAAGGGACUGUUCCUGUACACUACAAAGGUGCUUAUUACAACAUACCAGUAUGUAUUUGGCUGAUGGACACUCAUCCAACAAAUGUACCUCUGUGUUUCGUUAAACCGACGCCCGACAUGUCUAUCAAGGUGUCUAAAUACGUAGAUAGCAACGGGAAAGUUUACCUGCCAUUUUUACAUGAAUGGAACCCACAGAAAUCUACUUUGUUGAACCUUGUUCAGGCCAUGAUAGCUGCUUUUGGGGAGUUGCCUCCUGUGUACUCUAAACCGCGCAAUGAGGCAGCCAGGCCUCCAUAUCCUGUCAAUUCUUUCAUGCCCCAGCCCUAUCCAGGUGCUGGCUAUCCCCAAGUUACACCACAGACUGGGUACCCACAACCAACACCAUAUCCAACUACAUCCAAUGUGCCUUAUCCUGGAUAUGGUGCUCCAUACCCUGGUGCAGGCCCAGCUGCUACUAAUGGAGUGCCAUACCCACCAUUGCCAGGCAGCACACCCUACCCUCCACAACAGGCAGCAUAUCAGACUGGACCAGACAACAACAGUGGAACAAUAACAGAAGAACAUAUAAAAGCAUCCUUAUUGUCUGCUGUUGAAGAUAAACUGAGGAGGAGACUGAAGGAGCAGUCCCAGCAGUCACAAGCAGAGCUGGAGACACUGAGACGUACUCAGCAGGAGCUUCACGAAGGAAAGUCAAGGCUUGAGGACAUCCUAAGUAGAUUGCAGAGGGAACGCUCAGAGUUGGACAAGAAUGUAGUAAUUUUACAAGAAAAAGAGAAAGAACUGCAGGCAGCUGUUGAGAGAUUAGCAGAACAGGAAGGAGUAGAUGUGGAUGAGGCAGUGGUGACCACUGCUCCUUUAUAUAAUCAGCUCUUGAACGCUUUUGCUGAAGAAGCAACUCUAGAAGAUGCAAUGUAUUACAUGGGAGAAGCGUUACGUAAGGAGGUGAUUGACUUGGACACUUAUUUGAAGCAGGUGAGGGCUCUGGCGAGGCGUCAGUUCACUCUGAGAGCUCUAAUGCACAAGUGCAGGCAAAAAGCCCAACUGGCCUGUUAAUGAACUGGCUUCAAAAUGUUGUGAUUUCUUUACGAAAACCUGCAAUACUCUGGUCAGAAAGCAUUCUCAAAUAUUGAGGUCGAAAUUUAUAUGUAAAUUAUAUCUGGGUUAUUCUCCAUAUGUCUGCUUCAUCAAAUUAUACUAUAUGUAUGAAAAGUUUGACUGAAUUGAGUGUGAUGGUCAUAUAAUUUGAGAAUGACCCUCUAAGAAAAAUGUUAUUUUCUACAAGAGUGCAUGGAAUUUAUAAGAGGUUGUUUAUAUUAUUUAUAGACUUUCAAUUUGCAAUCAUAACUUCUAUAAGUUCCACUGUCAUCUGUAAAAGAAAAACAGAAUGAAAGAUCUUAGUUUGUAAAUUUAAAAGAAAAUACCUUAAAAACUCAGACGAAGGAUACUAUAGACUAGACGCAAGCGUACACCCGUAAGGGACAGAUAUAGAAUAAUGGAGCGAAUUUAAGAAUCACUUUA